AUGGCAGCGCUCGCCGAGGGCCUUGCGCCCGUCACCGCCCCCGACGGCGGCGAGGGCAGCGGCAGCCUUCGGCCCGCCGCGGCACUGGCCGAGUUUGCCAAGGCGCCUGCGCAGCCCGCGGGGAGCAGCGGCGGCCAGGGCAAGCGCAAGGCGAAGGGCAAGACCAAAGGUAAGGGCAAGGCGAAGGGCAAGGGCAAGGGCAAGGCGAAGGCGAAGGGCUCGGCCAAGGCGGCAGCCCGGGCAGCUCUCGCCAUCACGGACGAGGGCGACGCAGAGCUGCCCGCGCCGCGGAACCCGAGGGGCAGGAUGGACAUCCGCGCGCGGCUCGUCGCUGAGGUCGGCGACCGCGACAUCGACGAGGUGAUCGCCGAGGCCAAGGCCGAGGUGGCCUCGUGCGAGUCGUCCGUCGAGGAAGCCACGAAGCGGCUGUUCCAGGACGACGAAAAGAUCAAGCGCGAGGUGGAGGAGGCGGCCGCGGCCGUGGAGGCAGCGAAGCUCAAGGAGGCGCAGACACUUCAGAAGUUGCGAGAGUCCCAUCUGAGCAGGAAGCAGGUGAUAUGCGGCGUCGCGGAGGCUAAGGAGAAGCGGGCCGAGGCCAUCCGCACCUUGAAGCUCCUGGAGCUGGAGCGAGAGGGCCGCGAUAGGCUGAAGGAGCUGGAGGAAGCCAAGCGGGCCGCCGCAGAUGCAGCCCUCGUCGCGAAGAAGGCGCUGGAGGAGGCGAGGGCCCGGGAGAAAGAGGUGCUGGAAGCGCAGCGGGCGAGGCAGGCCGAGGCGCUGCACGAGCUGGAGCAGGCGCGCAGGGGGGAGAAGGCCGAGGAGAAGCUCGCGGCGAAGAGGGCCACGCAGCAGAUCGGGGACCUCGAGAAGGCCAGGGCGCAGCGCGAGAGGGCCUGGCGGAAGAGGCUGCUGGCCCUCGGCGCCGCAGCGACCCCGGUGAUGAUCGAAGACGCCCCAGCGGGGACCCCGGCCUCGACCGAAGCGGCUGCUGGCCUGGAGGGCGCCAGCGCUGCCCCGGCCUCGACCGAAGCGGCUGCUGGCCUGGAGGGCGCCAGCGCGGAGUCGCCCACGCCCGCGAAGCGGCGGGCGAGCUCGCGGGACGGCCCGGCCGCGGAGGAGGCGGCGGGCGCUCGCGUGGGCGAGCCUGCGGCGCCCGCGGGCAAGCGCCGGCGGGCCGACGGCGCGGAGUGA